AUGUCUGCCGGGAGCGGAACAGGCAAAGCAACCACUACAGGCACUCGGUCCGAGUCAACCGAAACAACAUCUCCGGGUAGUGAAGCGCAGACUGGAAUCCCAGUCGGAGUCAAAGUCGGAGCAGCAGUCGGAUGCGUGGCCGGUGCCGCACUGAUCGUCGCAGGAAUUCUCUUCAUCAGAAAGAGGAAGCAAAAGACGAUAGAGGGAGUUACGCUGACCGGGGACACGGAAGAGGGACGUGGCAAGCCCGAGACCACACACUUCUACAAGGGUACUAGGCGCCCUAGUGAGCUGGAGACAGUUGAGCGAACCGUCGAGCUUGAUGGCGCUAAACCGACUUAUGAGCUUGACGCGACGGGGAAAGAAGACCAAUAUGAAGUUGUGUCUCCGAUGAGUAUGCGACCAGGCAACUAG